UAAAAUACGUCCGUGUAGAAACGCUGUGAAGCCUGGAUGUUUUAUUUCUCUUUGCUGUGAAAUGGCGUCCGCUCCGUCGUCCCCACAUAACCGGAGCAGAUCCAGUGAUGAAGAUGAUCCGGUGGAUCAGAUGAUCGCCCAGACAGGCUGCGCAGAGCUGCAUUACUCUCUGCAGGAAUGUAUGGCAGAGAAUCAGGACUGGAGGAAAUGUCAGACACUGGUUCAGAAGUUUAAAGAGUGCAUGUCCACCUUCCAAAACACUCGCAAAGAGCAGCUGCUGAAACAGAGGACCUCGACGACGCAAUCUGCUUGAUCCACAGGCCUCAGACUGAUUCCUCAUUUUCUUAUCAAAGCACGUGCAUUGUUUUGAAGCAGCACGGCCUGUCGUUGUUCCCAACCUUCAUUGGAUUAAAUAAUAAACCUUGAAGCGACUU